AAUACCAACUUUUUUUACAGUCAUCUCCAGUUAUUAUGAAAAGAAAAAAAGGAAAAAAAAUCUCAAAAUAUCUAAUUCGAACUUCAGAGUUUGAGUCCUGCACCAGCCACUGAAAACAAGACAAAACCUCAUCUUCACUUUUCACCAACCACUGAAAAAAAGACAUUUUUAAAACGAAAUUUAAAUAGGAAAAAAAAGAAAGAAAAAACCUCUGUCUCUGCAAAGCUCCAUCCUUUGUGGUGGCGGAGAGAGCAGUUUGAGUGAUUAAAACUUUUAUGUCCACUUGAAAAGUUGUUUUUUUUUUUCUCGUUUUGGAUUUUAUCUGAUAUCACUCGUUUGUGUCUCAGAUUCCAUCCCGUGAAUUCGCAUCUGGAUUUGUUUUUUUUUUAUUAGAGAAGCUCUCUGAGAUCCACUCGAUAUCGAUUGCCUUUCCUUUAACCAAUCCCUGGUAAGCAAAAACCUAAUCACUUUCGAUCUGAUUUUCACUCAUUGUAUUUGGGUUGCAUCAAACGCACAGCAAUUUAAUAUCUUUUUUAGAAUCUGAGUUUGUACUGAAUCCUCCGAUUUGGGAAUGAUUCGAUUGCAUUAGAGUUGAGGGGGAUCAUAAGUUUCCAACUUUCUCGAUGGCGGAUGCGGCGAAGGAUUUAGCUUCAGGGACUGUUGGAGGAGCGGCUCAGCUUAUCGUAGGCCAUCCGUUUGACACAAUCAAGGUCAAACUUCAGAGCCAACCGGCUCCAACACCGGGACAACCGCCAAGGUUCACCGGCGCGAUCGAUGCGGUGAAACAGACCGUUGCUGCUGAAGGACCUAAAGGUUUGUACAAAGGUAUGGGAGCUCCUCUUGCAACCGUUGCUGCCUUCAACGCGGUUCUCUUCACCGUGAGAGGUCAGAUGGAAGGGCUUCUUAGGUCUGAAGCUGGAGUUCCCUUGACCAUUAGCCAACAGUUUGUGUGCGGCGCAGGCGCUGGUUUCGCUGUCGCGUUCCUUGCUUGUCCCACCGAGCUUAUCAAAUGCAGGUUGCAAGCACAAGGUGGUGCGUUAGCAGGAACCUCGACCACAGGCUCAGUGGUUGCAGCGGUGAAAUACGGUGGACCGAUGGACGUAGCACGUCAUGUCCUACGAUCAGAAGGCGGAGCAAGAGGUCUGUUCAAAGGUUUGUUACCGACAUUCGCGCGUGAAGUCCCCGGAAACGCAACAAUGUUUGCAGCAUACGAAGGUUUCAAGCGGUUCUUGGCCGGUGGUUCAGAUACUUCGAGCUUAGGACAAGGGUCACUGAUCAUGGCUGGUGGAGUCGCUGGUGCAUCGUUUUGGGGGAUUGUUUACCCGACUGAUGUGGUGAAGAGUGUUCUUCAAGUUGACGAUUAUAAGAACCCUAAGUACUCGGGUUCGAUGGAUGCUUUUAGGAAGAUUCUGAAAGCUGAAGGAGUUAAAGGUUUGUAUAAAGGGUUUGGUCCAGCCAUGGCUAGGAGUGUUCCUGCUAAUGCUGCUUGCUUCUUGGCUUAUGAGAUGACCAGAUCAAGCUUGGGUUAAACCGGUUUGGUUUGGUUCUUAACUGUUCGUCCGAUUUGUGGAUGUUCCAUUGAUUAAUCUUUGGGGUUGAUUCUUUAAAGUUUCAGCAAACUUUAUGUAUCUCCUUUACACAGUUUAUUUUUGAGAGUUGAAAGUGGUUAUUAAGACCGGUUUAACAGAUAUAAAAUUACGAGUCAACAUUUUUCACCAAAUGGAAUUCAACCGAACCAAAAUGUUUUCGGUUUGAUUCAG